CCAAGAUUAUGAUUUAUGAUUCAAAACAAUCGAUACUUGCUGGUAUCGAUAUUUAUAUUUUUUUUGAGCGUCUAUAUCGUGUGUUUUUUUUUAAAUUGAUUUUGUUAAAUUUGAAAAUAAUGUCUGUGAUGAAUAUUAUAAAUAAAAUUAGUGAAGGUGAACGUUUAUUCAUUAUAAAUGGUGUUGAUUUGAAUAUUCGUUCGGAUGGCCGAUCAUGUGAUGAUCAUCGUAUGGUAAUGAUUGAACAGAAUGUUAUUGAAACUUGUAGCGGUUCAGCACAUGCACGAUCUGGAAACACUGAUGUUUUGGUUGGAAUCAAACUUGAAUUAGAAGAGAUCGUCAAUAGCAAUGAUGGUGAUGAUGAUGAUAAACAUCAAGCUCAGAAUGGAACAAAAGGACGUGUCCAGGUUUUUGCCGAUAUUUCUGCCAUUGCAUCACCUGCAUUUGAAGGAAGAAAAGGUGAAGAUAUCACCUGUCAGAUUGAAGCAUUGUUUUCCGAAUUUCUACCAGAUUUUAUUGAUCUAGAAAAGUUAAUUAUUGUACCGAACCGAUCAUAUUUUGUUUUACAUAUCGAUAUUGUCAUUCUUGAAUGUUCAUCAUUAUCAUCAUUGAUUGAUAUUACCUCAAUUGCCAUCAAAACUGCCUUGAACGAUGUUCGGAUUCCUAAAAUCAACAUUCUAAGUAUUGAUCAGAAUGAAUUCACCGUUUCCGAAGAUGAAUUUGAAUCAAUUCCAUUGGAUGCUAGCCGUGUACCAUUGGUGACAAGUUAUACAAAAAUUGGUUCAAAAUUUGUUGUCGAUGCUACCUGGGAAGAGGAACAAGCAAGUGUCGGAACCAUUUCCGUGGCUUUUGUUCCACCUGAUCAAAUUAUUUUAAUGAAAAAAAUUCGCCAUGGAUCAAUAAGUACUGAUUCAUUGCCAUUACUAUUUGAACGUGCAACAAAAUUUGGUUUGGAAUUAUCACGAAAAUUUGAAGCUAAAAUUCAUCAAUGUAAAACCCUAAAAACGAGUGGUAGAAUUACAUUUUCAAUCAAUUGAUUGGCAAACUCUCAAUAAAAACAGAACCACGUUUGUAUAUAAUUAUGAAAUUCGAGCCUUUUUUUACGAAUUCAUGCGACAUCCAUCAUCAAUUGUAAAUGAACAAAACAAAAAAAAGAAUUCACGCGCAAAAACAAAAAAAAAAUGUUUCACACAUGCAUCAUGUGAAUGCAUGGCACAUGAUGUGCCACAAAAAUAAACAAUCCAGCAUGUUAAUCGAUAGUGUCGUUCAUCACCAAAAGCAAAGUCGAAAAAAAUUUUUGUUUAUAAAAAUUUAUUAUGUGGAUUUUUUUUUUUAGUUGGAU